GCAAGUGACAGGGUAAGUCAACUGAUUGGUUCACAGUAGUCUAUAUACACCGGCAGGCAGGCAAGCAUGGAGGGACCAGAUGUAAAUGCUGUAAUAUUUCUGUUGAUAUUAAGUUUAUCUCCUGCAGUCAACGGCGAACUUGUCAAAGGAUCUGUGCAGUUAAAUUCGGGAGUAUUUGACAAAAUUUUAAGCAAGCAGAAGGCAGCAUUAGUGAAGUUUGAUGAAACCUUUCCGUAUGGUGAGAAACAGGAUGAGUUUAAAAAGGUGGCAGAAUCCUCCAUCUCCCAACCUGAUUUACUAGUAGCAGAAGUUCAAGUAUCAGAUUAUGGUGAGAAAGAGAAUUCUGACCUGGCAGAGAGGUUUAAUGUAAAGAAAGAAGAUUUUCCAGUAUAUAAAAUAUUUCUUAAUGGGAAAGAACAAAAAACUUAUACUGGCAGUACCACUGACUCAGAUGCAAUAAGGACUUUCAUUAUGAAAGAAUCAGGUUUGUGGCUUGGUCUUCCUGCUUGCAUUGAAGAAUUUGACAAAUUAGUAAAGGAACUAUAUGAAGCUGGUACUGCUGAGCAGAAGCUGGAUGUCAUUAAAAAAGCUCAAAAGGCUUCAGAAAAAGUGACUGAUGCCCAGCAGAACUCUGCUGCUAUAUACAUCAAAACUAUGCAGAAGAUUGUGGAGAAGGGUGAAGAUUUUGUCCAAUCUGAGAUGAAGAGAGUUGAGAAGUUAGCAGAAGGCAAAAUCAGUGAUAACAAGAAACAGCAGCUGAAAGACAGGCUGCAAAUUCUCACAUCAUUCCAGAUAGUCAGAGAGAGAGAUGAACUGUAAUGUUGACAAGCAGGUGGUUUAUCAGGUCUUAUCCUUCUACAGUAAGACUUUUUUUCCCAAUAAUUGGAGAUAAACUGGCUUUGUGCAGUACAUAUUAUAUAUAUAUUUAAAUUGCUCUACUGUGUCAAAGGACACUGGUGCACAUUUCUUUCAAAAAGUACAAGUAAGAGCAUUAAUUGACAAUUAUCCUUAUUCAGAUGAAAUAUUUCAUGUAAGUGUCAUAGGUAAGCUGUUGUGAGUUGCCAGUUUGUCGUCUUUGUUGUUAAAAAUAAGUUAUGAAUUUUACAAUUAUCUUAAAGUUUAUAGCAAAUUCUUUAUAUGUCAGAUAUAUGGACUUUAAAAAUGCGAAGUCCCACAUUUAAUUUUUAAGUGCAGUCUUGUUUAAGUGCUUGGUACUUGGGUUUGCUUAUUGCAGUCUUUGUCCAAAGUACAUUGUACACUGUAUUGCAGACUAAUAUAUGUCUAUGUGACCUUUUUACAAGGCAGGGGAAUAAAUUUUACAUUUGAGAAAUAUACAGACUGCUUAUAUGAUCAUGAGGUUCUCUCUACUUUUAAUGUAUUCAGUGCCCAAAUUUGCAAAAUUUGGGUCUUGUAAUCUUGUCCAGUCACAAAUCUCCAAUAUUCUGCACCCUGAGAAAAGUUACUGAAAAAAAGCAAGUGUUUACUGAUCUUUUUUUACAUGUUUGAAAAGCUGCAAAUGGUGCUGGGGGUGGCAGAAUAAUACUGGGAUUAAUAAUUAGCAUGACAAAAAAAAAAAAAAAA